ACCGGGCGCCGCUGCCCCCACCUCCUCCACUUCGCGGGAGAAGUUAUUGGCGCGAAUGGACCCCGAGCCCCGGUAACGGAUUCCCCAGCCGGCCGGCCCGCCCGCCCGCGCCCUAAUCCUCGGGCUGCGAUGGAUAUUCGGAAAUUCUUUGGGGUUAUACCAAGCGGGAAGAAGCUUGUAAGUGAAACAGUAAAGAAGAAUGAAAAAACAAAGUCCGCUGAAGAAACUCUAAAGGCAAAGAAAGGAAUAAAGGAAAUUAAGGUAAACAAUUCUUGUAAAGAAGAUGACUCUAAACAGAAGCAGCCAAACAAGAAAAAGAGGAUUAUUUAUGAUUCAGAUUCAGAAUCAGAGGAGGCAGCACAGAUAAUAAAUGCCAAAAAGCAACCAGAAAAAUUAACAUUGUCUUCUAAACCUGGCAAAAUUCUCCGACAAGAUCCUGUUACCUACAUUUCAGAAACAGAUGAAGAUGAUGACUUCAUGUGUAAGAAAGCAGUGUCUAAAGCGAAAGAGAAUGGAAGAUCUACAAAUAGUUAUCUUGGAGUAUCAAACAUGAAAAAGAAUGAAGAAAACAAUAAGACCAAGAAUAAGCCUUUAUCACCAGUAAGACUUACCCCUACAUCAGUGCUUGAUUAUUUUGGAACUGAAAGUGUCCAAAGAUCAGAUAAGAAAAUGGUGGCAAGCAAAAGAAAAGAGCCUUCACAAAAUGCAGAUGAUUCCAGACUAAAUGAUGAAGCCAUUGCCAGGCAAUUGCAACUUGAUGAAGAUGCAGAGCUGGAGAGACAACUGCAUGAAGAUGAAGAGUUUGCCAGAACAUUAGCCAUGUUGGAUGAAGAACCCAAGUCCAAAAAGGCUCGAAGGGACACAGAAGAGAGAGAAACGUUUUCCUCUGUUCAAGCAAAUUUAAGUAAAGCAGAAAAACAUAAAUAUCCUCGUAAAGCAGAACAAUUUUCAGAUGAAAGAAAGAACUGUAGUCCUAAGAAGCAAAUUAAAUAUGAAAGUUCAAAAGAAUCUCAGCAACAUCCCAAGUCAUCAGCUCAUAAAAUAGGAGAACCAUCUUCUCCAAAAGCCAGUACUAAACUGGCACUUCUGAAGAAAAAAGGAGAGAGUGCUUAUAAAGAAGCAGAGCCUUUAGCCUCAAAAAGAAAAGAAAAUGCUAUUGAAUUGAAAGGAGAGACAAAAACACCCAAGAAAACCAAAAAUUCUCCAGCUAAAAAGGAGUCUGUAAGUCCUGAAGAUUCUGAAAAGAGACGGACUAACUAUCAGGCUUAUCGAAGCUACUUGAAUCGAGAAGGUCCCAAAGCUCUAGGCUCCAAAGAAAUACCAAAGGGAGCUGAAAAUUGCUUGGAAGGCCUUACAUUUGUAAUCACAGGAGUGCUGGAGUCCAUUGAGCGAGAUGAGGCCAAGUCUCUAAUUGAGCGUUAUGGAGGAAAAGUAACAGGAAAUGUCAGCAAGAAAACAAGCUACCUUGUCAUGGGUCGUGAUAGUGGUCAGUCUAAGAGUGAUAAGGCAGCAGCCUUGGGGACAAAUAUUAUUGAUGAAGAUGGCCUUUUGAAUCUCAUUCGAACUAUGCCAGGCAAGAAGUCCAAGUAUGAAAUAGCUGUUGAAGCUGAGAUGAAGAAAGAGAAGUCCAAAUUGGAGCGAACACCCCCAAAAAACAACCAAGGAAAAAGAAAAAUUAGUCCAACAAAGAAGGAAUCAGGAUCUAAAAAGAACAAAGUGACUCCCCAAAGAGACAGCUCUAUAAAGUCAAUAAAAAAGGAACCAAAUGUGUUUCGGAAAGGCCUGUACUUCAAGGAACAGGUGGCUGAGGAGACAGAUGGUGGUGGUAUCAGGGCUGGGAAUUUGGCUGAUGGCAGCGGUGAAAACAAAGUAGAAAAUUUGCUCUGGGUGGAUAAAUAUAAGCCAACCUCACUCAAGACCAUAAUUGGACAGCAAGGUGAUCAGAGCUGUGCCAACAAGCUCCUACGCUGGCUCCAAAACUGGCACAAGAGUCCAUCCGAAGAUAAGAAACACGCAGCAAAGUUUGGUAAAUUUGCUGGAAAAGAUGAUGGCUCUAGUUUUAAAGCAGCGUUGCUCUCAGGCCCGCCAGGUGUUGGCAAAACAACCACUGCUUCUCUGGUUUGUCAGGAAUUGGGAUAUAACUAUGUGGAACUGAAUGCAAGUGACACUCGGAGCAAGAACAGUUUGAAGGAAAUUGUUGCUGAAUCGCUUAAUAAUACCAGCAUCAAAGGCUUUUAUUCAAGUGGAACAGCCCAUUCAGUAAGCAAGAAACAUGCUCUCAUCAUGGAUGAAGUAGAUGGCAUGGCAGGCAGUGAGGAGGGAGGAAUUCAGGAAUUAAUUGGGCUGAUAAAACACACAAAAAUUCCCAUUAUUUGUAUGUGCAAUGAUAGAAAUCAUCCCAAGAUUCGUUCUUUGGUUCAUUAUUGUUUUGAUCUUCGUUUUCAAAGACCUCGGGUUGAACAAAUUAAGGGUGCUAUGCUAUCUAUUGCAUUUAAAGAGGGUUUAAAGAUUCCUCCUCCAGCUAUGAAUGAAAUAAUCUUGGGAGCCAAUCAAGAUAUCAGACAGGUUUUACACAAUAUGAGUAUGUGGUGUGCACGAAGUAAGGCACUAACCUAUGACCAAGCCAAGGCUGAUUCUCAUAGAGCCAAAAAGGAUAUCAAAUUGGGCCCAUUUGAUGUUGCCCGGAAGGUAUUUGCAUCUGGAGAGGAGACUGCUCAUAUGUCACUUGUGGACAAAUUGGAUCUCUUUUUUCAUGAUUAUUCAAUUGCACCCCUUUUUGUCCAGGAGAACUAUGUACAUGUGAAGCCUGUAGCUGCAGGGGGUGACAUGAAAAAACAUUUGAUGCUUUUAAGCAGAGCAGCAGAUAGCAUAUGUGAUGGUGACCUAGUGGACCGUCAGAUCCGGAGUAAGCAAAACUGGAGUCUUCUGCCCACACAGGCCAUUUAUGCCAGUGUUCUUCCUGGAGAGUUAAUGAGAGGGUACAUGACCCAGUUUCCCAGCUUCCCCAGCUGGUUGGGGAAGCACUCCUCCACAGGCAAACACGAUCGAAUUGUUCAGGAUCUAGCUUUGCAUAUGAGUCUCAGAACUUACUCCAGCAAAAGGACUAUAAACAUGGAUUAUCUGUCACAUAUAAGGGAUGCACUUGUACAGCCUUUGACUUCACAAGGGGUUGAAGGAGUACAAGAUGUUGUUGCUCUUAUGGACACAUAUUAUUUGAUGAAAGAAGACUUUGAGAAUAUCAUGGAAAUGAGCAGCUGGGGAGGGAAACCCAGUCCCUUUUCCAAGCUGGACCCCAAGGUGAAAGCCGCCUUCACAAGAGCUUACAAUAAGGAAGCCCACCUUACUCCAUAUUCACUUCAGGCAAUAAAGUCAUCCAGACACAGCACAGGGCCAUCCCUGGAUUCUGAAUAUAGUGAAGAGUUACAUGACGAUGACUCUCAAUUGGAUGAGAAAGACCAAGAUGCUAUGGAGAGUGAUGCUAUGAUCAAGAAAAAGACAAAAUCUUCCAAGCCUUCAAAAUCAGAAAAAGAUAAGGAGUCCAGAAAAGGAAAAGGAAAAAGUUCAAAGAAAUGAAACUUUUCACUCUUUCAGCCACUUUCUACUCAUCUUGCUGACCAGUCUGGCGGGUCUAGAAUGCCUUCCCCUCCGCCCCCUCCCCCCCAAAGGAACCAUGUUUUAGCAAAAUGGAACAGCCUAGGGAUUCCAUUGUAAAUAAACAGUGGUCAGCUACAAGGAUAUGAGCAGUUGGUAAUGUACACCUCUUAUAGAGGUUAAUAGGACUGUUUGGGUCUGCCAUUGUCCCCUGUCAAUAUAAUGAUUGUGCUUCAAAAUGAUUGGAGUCAGGUUUUAGUUAACUUUUAUAGGCCUAAGAAUUUUUCCUAAUGGCCUAUUUUAUAUAGGACCAAUGCUGAUUUAUUUUUAAAGGUAGUAACUAUUAUGUGGUGAAACUUUGUAAAUAAAUUAUAAUACGAAACAUUCACCACCCAGAACUGGGCAUUCUUUGUACAUUGUCAGAUAUCUUGCAAAAUAUAAAUUAGGGAUAAAAAUGUUCCACAUAAUACAUGUACAAAUUCUUUUUAAGAUUGCCAUCUUGUGCAGUAAAAUAUUAUGUUGGUACAUUACACUCUUUAAUUUGCAAAUGACUGGAUAAAAACUAACUAUAUUCUUUAUUAAGCAUUUGUAUGAAACAUCUUUGGCAGUUGAAGAGUCAGAACUUGAAUUCCCAACUUGUUUACCUCUGAAUGCUGACCAUAUCUAUUAUGAAUAGAAUUUCACGGAGAGGCCUCUGUUGUUACUAGAGGUUGUGUGCGGCUGUAAGGUAAUUGCCAGACCUUCUUAUCUUCCAGAAUCAACCCAUUAGUUCAAACCAAUAGGUUUUAGGGCAAAAUAAACACGUUUUUUGUUUACUUUGCUAGAGAUCUGGUUCUGUCCUGGGAGGGAUUCUACAAACCCUACUGGAACUUUUAGGUUGUACCCCAUAACUGUACUUGAAGGGCCCUGAGGCUGUGUAACUAACUUGGAAUUCAGGUGUAUUGCUGUGUUUUUAUCUUGUCAGUAAAUGCUCAGAGGUAUGUGCUGUUUCUUCAAGGUAUGUCCUAAGAGGAUUGUAAAAUCAUGAUAUCUACUCUGCCUUUAAGGAACUCAUUUGGGAGAAGAUUCUAAAGUCUUGACAUUUAAAGUGUAUUUGCCAUUGUGAAGCAUGUUUUUCAUGUAGAUUAAGUUUGUUAUGAGAAUAAACUAUUGCCUUAAAUUUUUGCCUACACAGCCAUGCUCAUCUUUUUGUUAAAGUCCAGCUUGAAACUUCUGCUUCAGUGAAGAUUUCCUUCCUUGAUUGACCAGUGGGGUGAGCAUGGCUAUCUUAAUGCAUAUUUUUCCAUUUCCAUUGCUUUUGGAUAUGCGUGUCAUGUCUGCCUAGUUGCUAUACAUCCCAGGAAAGUGAGAGCAGUGAAUAAUGUUCUUUACUUGUUCAUUGGCUUUAAAAAAAAAAAUUAAAUGCUCUAAACACAAUGCAUGUGUAUAAAAGAAAUAACUUUUAGAAUUAGAAAUGGUAAAUAUGCUCUUUAAAAUAUUAGGAUGACAACUUGGGUCAGUUUGAUUCCUCUAAAGCCCUCAUGACCAGGUGUGAGGGCGGGUAGAUGUUCUGAGUUGGGAUUGAACCUUUAUUGAUGCUACUAGAUGCCACAUACCAUCCUUGUAGCAUAAAAUAGUGAAUGUACUUGCUUUUUUUGAGAUCCAUUAAAACUAAAACAUUUAUCCUUCACCUUGUUAAAUUCUAUUGGACCUCUUGAUAGAAGUUUCCUAAACAAGUUCUGGCUCAGUUUUGCUCAUGAAUGACUAAUACAAUGUGCUUACCAAUACAAAUCCCAAGUGCCUAAUGACUUAUAACCUUACAGCAUUAACAAUAGGGGACUUGUGAGUCACUUAGCAAGGCCUCGGGCCUGUUCUCUAACCAGCCUUUCAGAUGGAAGAACAGAUCAUAAAACUGGAGGCAUCCUGCAUGUGGAUGCUGUAAAAUCCUUCCUGGUACUUUGUCCACUCUAGGCUUAUAUGUAUGUAAUACUUAAGAUGCUGAUGGCUGCACUGUAAAUUUAUUUAGCACUAGGCUAGAUGACUCAUUUCUUUCACCUGAUCAUACUUUGAUAACAUUGGCUUUGGAUGGCAAGGAAGCAUGUACUGAUACGAAUGAUUCUGUUAACAUCUAUGCCGUCCGGAUUUCAUAGUGUGCUUCAAAGCUACUUUGCAUUUUUUUUCUGUGUUCAGGAAAACAUAUCUAGCCAACAAUUUUAUUUUAAAAGGAGAUAUUUUAAAUAUAAAAGUUAUAAUGCUAAAUAUUUACAAUUAUGUCAUAGGUUACUAUUAACAGUGCAGAGUGUACAGUAUGGAAGACUUUGAAGAGGAAAUAUACAAAAUACAAUAAGCAAGUAAGGUUAUAUGUCACUGUUUUGCCAUUCUACAGAAGUUGAUAGUGGUGACCUGGAGCAGUCAUAUUUAUCCGGGAUGAUCCAUGUCUCAAUCCAUAGAACUCAACCUGCUUUCUUCUCAGGGACAUAAUAUCUAGUCUGUAAAAAAAAAAAUUCCUGAAGUUUAUAUGGUUGUUUAGGGUCCUUUGUCUAAAAUGAGUCAAUGAAUAAUAAAGUGAUACAUUCAAUUAUAAGGUGGUGUAUAAUCUUAACUCCCUGAAGCAUAUCAGCAGGUAGCUAUAAUAUCAUGGCCAAGUGUAUGGAGAAAGUCCAUAGAAUAAAAACACAAGUAAGGUUCUACUUUUGGAAGUAGUAGAGUUGCAAAAUUAAUCCUCCACAGAUAAGCAGGCACAAUUUGGAAAAAUGUUAACUCACAAAUCUUCUGUGAGGCACAAGAUGGUAGAGCGAAAGCUGUGAGGUCCCUAGCAGAGAACAUCUUAUGGUUUCCAGAGCUACUGGAAAGGGGACUGCACCCAAAUCUACAUAUAACGGUUAAAUAAGUCCUUGAAUUUCACAGGUUUAGAAGAGUCUCAGAGUCUAGUGAAAAGCUGAAACUAAGAAAGGAUUUUCAUCAGCUGUCAAAUUCACCUGACUCUAGUUUUAAUGAACUAAGUAAAAAAAAAGCACAUGUGAUUUGAUAAAAUAUGCUUGGCCAAAUAACUUGUCACUUUG